GACCAGGAGGCUGUGUGUGAAAGUGUGUGAGAUGGGGAGUACGUUCACCCAUUUGUGCAUCAUUCAUUUCCUUCAAUUGCUUCUGGAUUACCUUGAUCAGAGAGGCCAAGGCAAAGCUGAGUGAAUGGAGGUGUGUGUGUGUGAGAGUGAACGACCAGAAAGCAUGCGACCAGUCUGAGGGAUGGCAAACUGAAAGGGCCCAGGUGAGGAGGAGACUCAGGACUCUCCUCUUCCCCCUCCUCCUCCUCCUCCUCCUCCUCCUCCUCCUCUCCUUCCCUCCCUCCCUUCCCCGUGACGUGGUGUGCAUGAGCGUUUGCUGUGUGUGUGGGUGAGAAAGCAAAACAGGUCAGCAGUGCCUCAGCCGACCGGGAACCUUUACAGGAGGAAGCAAGCCUCUGCAGACUCAGAUCUUUGCUGAUUGGGAUAGCCAAGAGAGGACUCCCUCAGUUACAAGUUGGUUUGCAUCAGGGUUGAACACCCGAGUCAUCAUCUGGGUUCAGGGCCUGCACGCUUCUAGUUGCUAUGACCAAAACCAACGGCUGAACUUCUCAGACACCCUUCUGCAGAGGAGGAUGGGUGAUGGACCCGUGAAAUUCAUCAAACUCCCUCCUCGUCAAUCCAUCCUCUCAUGGAGCAUCCCAUCAGACCAAGGCCCUCCUGGAACGUGUCCGCCUCCACAUUCCAAACCUCCUUUCGACCGAACGUCUCCAAUGUGACCGGGCAGAUCAGGACUGCUGGGGAUGGGAUAGAUCUGAACUGGACCUUGGGGCUGUGCGCUAUGCUCGUCAUGGACGUUCUGGCAGUGGUGGGGAACUUGGCCGUGAUGAUUGUCAUCACCAAAACGCCGCAGCUGAGGAAGUUUGCCUUCGUGUUUCACCUGUGUCUGGUGGACCUGCUGGCGGCGCUGCUGGUGAUGCCUCUGGGGAUGCUAUCAGACAGGAUCCUGGAGGACGAGGCCCUGUGUCGAAGCUACCUCUGCCUCAGCGUGUGUCUGGUGAGCGCUGCCAUCCUCACGAUCUGUGCGAUCAACGUGGAGCGGUACUACUACAUUGUCUAUCCCAUGCGUCAUGAGGUGAAGAUGACGGUCGGGGUGGUGGUAGCAGUGCUGGUCGGGAUCUGGAUUAAAGCUCUCAUCAUGUCAAUGCUGCCCCUGCUAGGAUAUCUUCUCCAGGGGCCCCCGGCUGUGGGGACUCCCGAAGUCCUCAUUCCCCGUCAGAGACACUGCUCCCUCCACUGGACAGGAGGCAGGACCACGCGCCUAAUUUUCAUGGUUUUCUUUACUGUGAUCUAUUUUCUGUGCCCCAUGCUGAUCAUUCUGGUGGUCUACUGCAAUAUGUUUAAGGUGGCCCGAGUGGCAUCCAUGCACCGCGGUCCCAACCCCACCUGGGUAGACACGUCAAGGCAACGCUCCGACUCUGUCAGCAGCCACUCCACCAUGGCAGCAAGCCUUGGAGGCACCGGAGCCCGUGCAACUCCUCAAAGGACCUUCAGCGGCGGGAAGGCCGCAGCAGUUCUGGUGGCAGUCGGAGGCCAGUUCUUCUGCUGCUGGCUGCCAUAUUUCUCCUUUCACCUCUACUCCGCUGUUAUUUCAACCUCCCCGGCCUCGCUGACCCAACUGGAGGAUGUGGUCACGUGGAUUGGCUAUUUCUGCUUCACCUCCAAUCCCUUUUUCUACGGGUGCCUGAAUCGACAGAUUCGAGAAGAGCUAAGCCGCCACCUGGCUUGCCUUUUCAAGAGGGCCGGGCCCACCGAGGGAGAACAGCUGGCCAGCCGCGAAGCCUCCAUCGAGGAGAACUUUUUACAGUUCCUUCAGGGCACUGGAUGCAAUCUGGAGCCCUGCAACUCUCACAGCAGAGUCAGCCUGGAGGAGGCAGGAACGGAGGGUGUUCAGGAAUCAGCUGUUGAGCAGAACACGCCAGCUGACUUCCACAUCCCAGGGCAGAUCCUUGAGGAAACCGCAGAGUUCAUACAGCAUCAGCAGCUGAACAAUGAGCUUUGUGUAUCGAAUAACUGCUUCAAGACUGUACCCGAGAUGUAGCUGCCUCACAUACUGUUUCUUCUACCAUCUAAUAACACAACGGACAAGUUUGGUACUUUUCGUAGUAUUUCUUAUUCAACAGACAUUUUCUUUUCAAGUAAUAAAUCCAGCAGACUGCAAACUGUGUUUGUUUUAGGGUUGGCCUUUGGGUUGGAAACCAAACUCUUGAAGAAAUCCAGUUUUGUGCAUUGCUGAAUGCCACGUUACAUGUUUUGGGAGUCAUAUUGUGUCAUGCGUUUUUUUGUCUGUGUCACAUAACAUUCAAUGUUUUGGUUACAGUUCAGGUGAAGUGACAGACUUUAUAUAAACACGAAGAGGCUCUGAAAAAAUUGCAAGAGCAUAAAUCAGGGAACGA